AUGAUGGAAGAAGUAAACUGCUAUUGUUCCGUUGUUACCUGUGUUGAACAUGAAAACUCAAAAAUAGAACAAAUAUUCAAAGAUUUUCUUGUAGAUAUAAAACUUCCUUUCAAUAUUCUUGAGUUUGAUUGCCUUGAGAGCUUACCAACAGGAAGGGAGAGAACUAUUGAAAACAGAGUAUUGGAACGAAAUCCACAUUCCCUUGCGAUUUGCUUGUUCCUAAAAGAAGACUCCGAUCUCGAAUGCACACUUAAACGUCUUUUCAAAACAUCACUAUGGCAAUUGGAUCACGUCAUUGAAAGUUCGUUGACAAAACGACCGCAGAGGAUAGGACGGCAAGAGUUGUACAGUUGUUCUCAUGAUAUGCCAUUGAUGUCUGUCUGCAGCGUGCAUUAUGGGAACGAACACGUACGGUUUCAUAUUAAUGUGAAAAAUUUUCAUGCUAUGAAGAAAUUCUAUGAAGAUAUUACGGACCGCCAAGCAAAGGAAUGUGGCACUGAUUUCUGCUUCCUUACCGUAUACUCUGAAGAUGGUCUCGAUGUGCAAAUAGGUUUGAAGAAAAAUCCAGCGGUGUUUCCUAUACGAAGUACUUCAUUUAGACUAAAAUUCAGAAUCCAAAGUGUAUCCCCAUUGUUUAAGUACUUGGCCUCGUCACGUGACUCGACAAAUGAAGCUAAUUAUAUUCUGCAAGAUCCAGAUGGCAAUGACGUCAUAAUAGAGCGGUCUUAUGCCAAAACUAGUAACAGUCGUCGCGAAUCCGUCGAGCAAGUUGAUGAAAAUAAUAAUUUUGAACUACGAAUUUUGGAGAAAAGCCCAAAUUCAAGUGUUAGGAAGAGAAUAUGGAAUAAACAUGAAUACUCUGAGUAUGGAUUGUUUCCUGAGGAAGCUAUGUCUAUUAGCGAUGAUGUUCUCAUGAUGAAAUACGAAGGAAAUGACGACGAAUGCAAGAGUAUUGGAAACCGUCGAAACAAAGACCAUAUUACAUAUGUGUGA